AUGGCCGCAAACCAAAACGCCCAGGUCGAUACAUCUGCUAUCGAGGCAAAUGAUGGAGAGUCUGCCGGCCCCACGGCAGAUCUCACAGAGCUACCAAAUGAUCUGUUCCUGCUCAUCAUAUCCUACCUCUCCCCUCAGGAAGGCGUACUAUGCCGCAGGGUCAGUCGGGGCUGGCAUGCGGCCUUCACAAGCGAUGAUGUGUCGCGAAAUCUUAUGAGAUGGCACUUUCCGCGCGCCCGAGAGAUGCGGCUUUCACAACUGGCCCCAAAGCAGCCAGAGUGGGCUCGCAUAUUUCCAAAGGUCGCGCGCCGGUAUUUCCAUCUGCGGUCAGCCAAACCCCGACUGAUCGAGAAGAUCGAUGUCGUCCAGGAGGCACGGCAGAAGGGCUUGUUCAGGGCGGUCGAGCCGUGGAAUCGAUGGCUACGGUGGAACGACAAUACCGCCACCUUCCAAUACCGCAAUCCGAGCUGGUGCCUGGAUGACGGGCUCUUGGUCUAUCAGGAGAAUGUCUCGAGUCACUACGUCGUGUACGAUCUGGGGACCAGACAUCGCUUUCGAGUCCCAUUUGACAAGGCAGAUAAGACGGUCAGGCGCUUACGACUUGCGUGCGGCAUUCUGGUCAUUGAGUGGUGCGAGCGAGAGCCAUACCACCAGUUGAACGAUAUGGAGACGGUGCACCGGCAUUUUGCUACUGCGUUUACUGUGCAUCGGGCAUCUUCGUCUGGCACCUCGUCCGAAGCAUCGGUCUCUCCUACUAUUGCCUUCUACUCGGAGUGGAAGAUACACUUCCUAGGCCUCCCACUUAACCGUCACGACCGCUUCUUCUCCGCCCACACCGCCAAACACUACGCGCUUUACGUCUGGCAGCCGAACCGCUCUCCGUGGGGCGAGGAGGACCCCCUCGAACAGCUCACCAUCUGGAACAUAUCAACCCCGUCCCCGUACCGGCCCUCCACAGACCCGACGGGCGCCAGCAAGCCCGAGCCCGGGCAGGGACCGACGGCCAUCUCGCGCUUCACCUGGCGCGACCUCGAAUUCCUGGGUUUGCGGCAGCGCCACACACCCGCGCUCCGCGAGAUCCUGCUCGACGAUUCGAACGUCUACGUACAUGAAGAAGAACACCGCUGGCUCUCGGGCCAGCACUCGUCCCUCUCACCCCCGCGACAUCACCACGUCCGCUGCACGGGGAUGCCGAUUUUGGGCAUGGGGCCCCGGUGGUUCGACGAGUGCUGCGCUGACGGCGACGUGCACAUGAGCUUCUGCCCGCGUGGGCGCACCAUCUUGGACGGAAUGUCCCCUGAGCGGGCGCCCUGCUGGCGGCACGAGGAGUUCCCAUAUCUCACCGUCAGCGACGUGGUUGACGCGGCUGCAAGGGUCAGGAUUGUCGCCCGCCAGUGCUUCAUGAUGGAGGCCCUCUCGGCGUUUGUGUUGCCCAAGAUCAGCUACGAGGGGCGGCGACAGCAGCAGCAGCAGGAGGACGGCGAGGACGAGGACGAGGACGAGGACGACGAUGGAGACGGAGAACCUGAGGAGGCGCGGUUUGCGGACGACAUGUGGGCGCAGCUCCUGGCCAGGGGGGAGAUCGCGGGGGAUGAGCGCUGGGUUGUGGGGGAGGAUACUGAGGGGAGGAUUACCGUGGUGCGGUUCUGA